CCCCCGUUGACGGACAGCCGCGGUGCGCGAGGAACCAUGGUCACGCACUAGAACUUUACUGGAUAAAAGUCAAACAUAUUGGACGAAGCAAGGACAGUUCUUGGUUGUCAUUCAGGGUUUGUUUUUUUGUUUUUUUUUUUUUUGGCUUUUUACUGGCAAGCUGUUGUAGAAGCCGCCCCUCUUUAUUCUUUCCUGCUCGCGAGAGUAGAAGAAGCCAACCGUGGGAAAGAAGUUUCAAGCUGGAAGGUGGGCAGGCAGUGCGCUGCGGGAUUUUUUUUUUCGGCUACAAAAUGAAAAGAAAUCACGAUUACAGCUCGUCGGACAGCGACCUCGACGAUAGCAUCGAGAUAGAGAAAGAGAGCGUUGAUGAAAAUGGGAGUCCGUGUUCCCCGCAGGGCACCGUGACUCCCUCCACAUCUUCCCGAGCGCGCGCGAGGAAACUGCGGCGGGGGAUCAUCGAGAAGCGCCGCCGUGACCGGAUCAACAGCAGCCUGUCGGAGCUCAGAAGACUGGUCCCCAGUGCCUGUGAGAAGCAGGGUUCAGCAAAGCUGGAAAAGGCAGAGAUUCUACAGAUGACUGUGGACCACCUUAAAAUGCUCCAUGCUGCUGGUGGAAAAGGUUAUUUUGAUGCUCACGCCUUGGCCAUGGAUUACCGCAGCCUGGGCUUCAGGGAGUGCCUGGCGGAGACAGCCCGCUACCUGAGCGUGGUUGAAGGACUGAGCAGCACCGACCCGCUGCGGACACGCCUGGUUUCCCACCUGAGCGGUUGUGCCUCCCAGAGAGAAGCUCAGUCAGGGUUCAGGCGCCUGGCCUGGGGCUCUGCAUUUGUUGCGCCUUCCUCACACCUAGCGCACCUCACACAUCCCUCUAUCAUGCAGCAGCAGGGCCACGUUGCUCCACGCAGGACCCACAGCCCCCCAUCUUCCUCUCCCUCUUCAUCCUCCUCCCCGGAUUCACACGCACCUGACAAGCUCAACGGCACCACACACACUGAGUACAGACCCGUGAGGCUGCCCCCAAACACUGCUUCAUCCUCAGCCAGGCCCCUUGCUACCUCUAAGCUUCCCCUGCCUCUCCUUUCCUCCCUCUCCUCUAUAGCAACAUUCCCCUUCCCUUUCAGUGCAUUCCCCUUGUUCUCAUCCAGCACCCACAGCCCAGGGGCCCCUUCAGCCAAUCUGGGGAAAGUCUGCAAACCCUGGGCUGCAGAAAUAGGGGCCUUUUGAACACUAACAAGGAGGCACAAAAGCAUCAGCAUACUGAGCCCCCCCAAAACAAACACACACACACACUCACACACUGUCUGAAACCGUGCAUCCCAAGCAGGCUCGUGGCAAAUUAGAGCCUAACCCAGCAAUGUGGCUGGAGGGGGAGGAGACACACCCGGGAUGGGAAGCCAGUCUGCCCUAAGACACCCCAAACAGGCCUCCAACCCCAGUCCUGCCACACGGCAGGACCCGGCCAAACCCACUGCGCCGCUGCACCCCCUCUCCACCAAAACGCAGUAGAAAAAUUUUUCCUUCUUGCAUUGCAUGUGUAUAGGUGAAGAAUGUGUUAGGGUUGCUUGCCACAGUUUACCAGAAUUAAAAAAAAAAAAAAAAAAAUACAUUCCAUUGAUCUGCAUAACUGUGAGUAGUGCAGAUAUAUGUUGAGCCAACUGUCUGAUGUACUCAUUCAUAAUUAUACACUGAUAUACUAUGAAAGAUUCUGAAGGUGAAUAUUUAAUUGUCUGAUAGUUUUAUAAGAAAAUAUUAUUAUUCUUGGAAUUUGCUCCAUUUAGCUAUCUGUUUUAGGUCCUUAGUUUCCUGCACCAUUAUGUGUCAUGCAUUUAAAAAAAUUGACCUGCAUUGCUGUGCGAUCAUAACAGAAAUAGUCUGGUAUAUUUGUUAGCAAGCAAAUAGUUUUAUACCAUUUCCUAAGUAAAAGAACAAAGCUGAAUUUCUGACCUUCAUCCCUUGUAUUUUAACCUGCAAGUUACAGCAGCAUCUCUGCA